AUGAUCGCCAUAGUACUACAACUUUUGUUGGGCUUCAUCGCUGCAAGUGAUGACGCUAAUGAGACAUUGUCGUCAAGUACAAUUACUACGACUCUUACUACUUCAAUACUCGUUACUACUACUGUUUCACCUGGGAAGUACAGCGAUUCCAACGUUACCGACUUGUACAGCUCGACUGCUCCUCGAACACCAAGUAAUGGAUCCAACUUCCAAUCGGACUGCUCCGAUCCGCACAACAAAGAGAUCGCAUGCUCGGUUCAUGUCGUAAGCUGCAAUGAUCAUCUCUUUGAUCCAGUACAAAAUGGAAGAGAGCCGCCAGAAGCUCAUGAUUUACGAGUUGAAGCAUUUGCCAAGGCAAUGGCUAGGCAAGAAGGUCAUCAACUACAUGUUGAUAUCUCUUGGCAGAUGCCGCCAACCAAUAAGUCAGUAUUAUUGCGCGCAUUCAAACUGCAAAUCAAUAGCAGUGACGGUGACAGAUGUUUUGUCUUUAACGUCACCGAUUUUGGAUGGACACAGGAUUUUGCAUCGCCACGCUUCCAUUUCACGUCCGAAAGCUUGUUCGAAUUUUCUGAAGCUUACCGUAUCGUCCUCUACAGUUUGCCACAGUCUAUCUCUAGAACUCCAAUGGUCAUUAAAGAGUCUCGAAUGCCUGAGGAUCCUGAAUUGACAUACAACGACGAUCGCAGCAACAUUUCGCAGUAUUGCAAGACACACACAAAUACUGAAGCCUCGAAAUGGACAGCAGCGUUCCGACGGAUUUUUCUACAAUCGAUCACCCGCACUAUACAAGUUGAAUUCGUCGGCGCACCACCACAUUUCUGCUUCGAAGAAUAUGAGGUGCGACUACUUGAUGAAACCGGUAUUGAACUUCUACAUCACACCACAAUCAAGGCCAAAGAUAUGAAGAAAGAAAUUAUUGACGGAAAAGUGGUGUACUUUGGAGAGCAUAAUUUUACGGGAUUGGAGUACGGCGUCGAUUAUAUCCCAUCUGUGAUUCCUGUGGAAAUGUCAUCGGACGGCCGAUGCUUGUGCCCUACUAGCGAACAACAUGGCGCCUGCAGUUGCAUAGCGGCUGAUUGGAAACGAGUCCGACUUCAACGUAUCGAAAAGCCCGCGCCGGUUAUCAACGCCACUAUUCCCACCAUAGCACGAACAACAGAUGAGAACAAAUAUUGGCCAAUUUAUGCUUCACUCAUCGCAUUAUGUCUUCUUUUCUCGCUAUGUUUCAUCAUCACUGUGUUGGUGAUGUUCUACAGAAAGUACAGUAAACGCGGGAAGUCUGUAAGAAUUCGUUUCAUAUCGGAUCAUAUGAACAGCAAUGGAAUGGUGGCAGCUGAACCUCGUGCCCCACUAAUUUAUAGCUCACCGACAUCAGUACUGCUCAUCUACACUCAUGAUUGUCCUGAACACGAAGCUGCAGUGAUGGCGCUUGGCGAAUUACUUCGUGACACCUUCAAAAUGGACGUUCAUUUUGAUAUAUGGGACGAGACUGAAAUCGAGAAGAACCUCUAUGACUACAUUAACUCAAGCAUAGUGAAGGCCGAUAAGAUUGUUGUCAUUAAUUCGGUGGGCGCUUACCACCGAGUCCGAGCUCGAUAUCUUAGAGAAGAGACGAUCGAACGUUUCCAUAAAAGUCCCCUCGACGGACUUUUCCUAAGCCAAAUUGACCUAGUCCUACAGCACGCCCGUGUUGUUUCCGCUCGCUUCAGUUAUACGCCGUCCAAUUACACAUUAUUCGCCCUAACUCCUUUGCUUCAAUACACAAUCCCGGAAAAUCUGGGACUUUUCGUCGCCUCACUGAAUGACACACAACUACGUAAUGAUCCUCGUCUUGCCGGUUUCAAUCCUCAGCAGGUUCGUCUACAAGCUGCAAUCGCCAGUAUGAUGCAACGCAUGGAAAACGAUCCGAAAUGGUUCGAAAAUUCGCAUUGUCGCAUCAAACAGCCAGCAACUGUCGCGAAGCCAAUUCCUCGAUCGCUUGACACUGGGAUUGGCGGGUCGAUCACGUCUACAUCAACUACAACAGUGCCCAUCGCACAGUCGCUGACGCUUCACUGUGGCCAACCAGGCGACGUCGCGCCAAUGUCGUCGCCAACCGGUGUUGUAGUCGCUAAUUCUCCCCUAGAAGAAGACGCUAGACCUCUACUCGAAGAGGAACAGGAUGAAAUGGAACCCUUGGAGGAAGAACAUACUAACGACAACUCCUCUGCCGACUCUGCAUUCCAUAGUGCGGUUGUUGUCGACAAAAUACCACCGGAGUGCGAGGUUCUCGACAAGCCGCGAUUACCGGCUAUGCAUGAACCGCUGCACCUCGUCGGUGAUGAGGCCAGCAUCGAGCCAGCGCCGCUGAAGCGCCGACCGAAAGUGGACCACAACGAUUCGGGCAUGACUUCACAUCUGCAACUGUUGUGUUUCCCAUCACCAGAUAGCAUUACAAAAUACCAUGGUGUAACUGCUGCAUCCAGUGCUUUCAUACAUUUUCUACCCUCUAUCAAUAUCGUACUUCUCAACGAAAACGAUCAUAUGCUUCGCCGUUGGGAUCUCUUCCUCAUGCUCAACACACCUGUGCACGGUGCUGCGCACGCAGAACGAAGUCCAUCUUAA